GAAUAUAAAUUAAAUACUAAAAAGAGCAACUUUAUUAAAUUUGGUGCAUCAUCAUCAUCAUCAUCAUCAGCAUAUCGCCACUGUACAUAUUUCUCUUUCUCUCUGCCCGUUCCACCCUUUAUAGAAAAGCCAGCGAAACCUUCUUCUCCAAAAACAGUUGCCGAGGAAACGCAGGAAAAAAACAAUUCUGCAGAACUCGGUGACCAAUUUCUCUCUCUUAAAGUCUGAGCCCUCAUCAAUGGCCGAAGAACAUCCAUGUCAGACGCCGGAAGGCCACCGUCUCUGCGUCAACAACUGCGGUUUCUUCGGUAGCUCAGCCACCAUGAAUCUCUGCUCCAAUUGCUACGGCGACCUUUGUCUCAAGAACCAGCAGCAAGCUUCCAUGAAAUCAUCCCUCUCCGCCGCGUCUCCUCCGUCAUCGGAGAUCCUGGAAAUUCAGAUUCCGGCGACGGAGAAACUAAUUCCGGCGACAAUCACGACGGCAAAGGAGGAGGAGCAACCGCCGCCGCAACGGCCUAAUCGGUGCACCGUGUGCAGGAAACGGGUCGGGUUAACCGGGUUUAUGUGCAGGUGUGGGACGACUUUCUGUGGGACCCAUAGGUACCCUGAGGUUCACGGAUGCACGUUUGAUUUUAAAUCGGUGGGGCGCGAAGAGAUCGCUAAGGCUAACCCGUUGGUCAUAGCCGCGAAGCUACGAAAGAUAUGAUCUGAGCCGUUUGCUUGCGUUUACCGUUAAAAACAAUCCACGAUGCUCUAUCUGUGUAUCUCAGCCGUUCAUCACGGUCGUUAUGUUGAAACAUACUUUUGUGUUACGGAAUUAAAGGUUGAGACAGUUUUCAUUUUACCUUUUAAUUAUUUUCCUUUUCUUCCGGGAGAAAUUUUAAGUUUAAUGAUUGUGUGGCUUUUGCUGUAUAAAAUAAAAGAUAAAAAAAAUUCUUUUGGAGAAAAGAAAAUAUAUGAAAUUGUGUUCUCUCUUUUUAACAUUUGUUGGGGAAAUGUUUAAAUAUUGACGACAACAUAA